AAAAAAAAUCGAUGCGAGAGCAGAGCCAGACCAAAGAGUUUAGAGAUAAGAAAAGUUGUUGUCUCUUUCGGUCCUUUAUUUUUUCCUUUUUUCUUUCCUGCUAUUAUUAGCUGUGCCUUGCCCAAUACCGAUACCACUUUUCUUUUUUAUUUUUAUUUUUACAAGUGUUUGUCUCUUUCUAUCUCUCGUCUAUAAAUCAUAUGGGACCUCUUCUUCACCAUCCUUCUUUGUUCUGGCGCCCUACUUCUCAACGUCAUUUGCUUCCUUUUUUCUUUUUUUCUUCUUUUCAUUUUUUUAUAUGGUGCUCUGUUUAUAUUGACCACCCACUUCAACAGUUUCUCAACUGAGCUGUACAGUUAAAGCAAAGGGAAAUUAAUUGUUAAUAUUAUUAAAAAAAAAAGGUGAAAGGAAAAAGAUGAAGCAGUGUGCGAUCCAACAAAGCGCGAUUGGAAGCAGCCGUGAGGAGAUGCGAAGCUCCAAAUCGGUUUCGGUUAUGUUUACGGAUCGGAGAGAGACCAUGGUCUGCCCAAAACCACGUCGUUUAGGUCUCUUAAACACCCCGUUCAACGACCACCCUGUUAGGUCCCUCAGAUGGCAACUUAGCCAUCAAGCGGAUCUUUGUGAUUCAAAAGCAGCGAGUGAUCUUUUGGAUUUGAUUCUUACAAAGGGUGGUUGUGGAGUGGAACAAAAUUGUACACAAGUAGCGUCGUCGCCCCCAUUUUUUUGUGGGUCGCCGCCGAGCAGAGUAGCUAACCCAUUAAUACAGGAUGCUCGAUUUGGGGAUGAGAAGGUCAUCACCCUGCUGUCACAGCUGUCUCCGAUCCCACCUCCUUCGGGUUUGUCCUCGUCGUCUCCAUCAUCCUCUUCAAGGAAAGGAGGCUGUGUUCGGGCGAAUUUUGGUAACAAGCCAGCCGUGAGAGUCGAGGGGUUUGAUUGCCUUGACAGGGAUAGGCGAAAUUGCAGCAUCCCUGCGCUGGCCUAGAACCCAUUUCAGUCCACAAAGAGUACAUAGAUAACAGUAAAAGAGCUUUAAAAAUUCAGUUUAAAACAGAAGAAUUUUGAAGUCGUCAAUGACUGAAGAAAAAAUUAAGAGAAUCCUUUCUUAGUGUGAAUAUGUUUGAAAGGUUCUUUGCAUGUAAUGAAAUGAUGGUGUCUUCUGAGUAGAUCAGUUUGUUCAACAAAAAUAAGGACAGAGUCGUUGUUUAGGUGUAGUGUUAUGUUUAAAAACCAUAUGAGAAGAUAUGGCAUGGGGUAGAUAGCCGUUAAACUUGUAUUGUUUUUGUUUUGUAAGUAAGAGUCUCAAGUCGAGAAGGAAAUUGUUUUCCUUGUAUUGGUCACGUUUCAAUGAGCGGCUUUUAUGAAGAUAAAUCUGUACAAAAUCAAGCUGGUAAUUGAUCGAGUCAUUUAAGUAGAGAUUCGACAUUGUAUAUAAAUCCUUUUGUCGUUCAUAUA